GCGCCAGUCGUCCAUCGGUUGUUGGCAUUUGCAGUCCGAUUUUUGCUAACCAAGAUCGAAAGAUCGGAGAUCAACCUGCUGUCAGGAUGAACCGUCGUCUUCCAGGAGCCUUUAACCAGUGCCACAGGCUCCUCUUUGCAGUAAAUAACCAUGCAACACCCGCCUUUUCCACCAGAUUCCUUUCAACAUCGCGAGUGAACCACGAGCGGCAAGAAUGUCAAGUGUUAGUUGUGGGUGGUGGUACUGGUGGAUGUGCCAUGGCCGCCAAGUUGUCCUCGCGUCUUGGCAGCAACAAAGUAAUUGUCUUGGAACCCGAGGAAAAACACUAUUAUCAGCCGAUGUUCACUCUAAUUGGAGGAGGUAUGAAGCGACUGGACCAGAGUCACAGACAAAUGAGUGAGGUUUUGCCCAAAAAAGCCAAAUGGGUGAAAGAAAAGGCCGUGGAAUUCGAUCCCGAUAAUAAUUCUGUUAGCACUUCUGGAGGCAAGACGAUUAAGUACGAUUUCCUUGUCAUUGCCACAGGAAUGCAAUUGAAGUAUGAAAAGAUCCCUGGACUUGUUGAGGCACUGGAGACCCCGGACAGCAAUGUCUGCUCCAUCUAUUCUCCCAAGUACGUGGAUCACGUGUAUGAAUGCCUGCGUAGGACAUACAAGGGAAAUGCAAUCUUCACCUUUCCCCAUUGUCCUAUCAAAUGUGCAGGUGCUCCACAGAAAAUAGCAUACAUAUCGGAACACUAUUUCAGGAAGAUGGGUCGCCGCGACAACGUCAAUAUUAUUUACAACACAUCUCUUCCGGUGAUUUUUGGUGUUAAACAUUAUGCGGAUGCAUUGAUGAAACUGGUUAAGAAACGAAAUAUCACACUUAAUGUUAACAGAAAUCUCGUCGAGGUCAGACAUAGGGACAAUAUAGCUGUCUUCGAGGAUCUCACAAAGCCGGGACAACUCAUCGAGGAAACGUACUCCUUGCUCCAUGUAACGCCACCGAUGACCGCUCCGGAUGUUGUGGCCAACUGUAAGCAGCUGGUCACCCCCACCGGAUUCGUGGACGUGGACCAGACGACCCUCCAGCACAACAAGUACAGCAACGUGUUCUCCAUCGGCGAUUCGUCAUCCGCCCCCAACUCAAAAACGGCGGCGGCGGCAGCUGCCCAGUCACCGGUGGUCUUUAGGAACCUGAUGGCGGCGAUCGAGGGCAAGAGUGCCACGGACAGCUACGACGGGUACUCCUCCUGUCCCAUCGUCACCGGCUACAGCUCCUGCAUCCUGGCCGAAUUCGACUACACCCUAACCCCCGUAGAAACAUUCCCGGUUGAUCAGGCCAAGGAGAGGUAUUCGAUGUUCUUUAUGAAGAAGGAGCUCAUGCCGGUGCUCUACUGGAAGCUGAUGAUGAAGGGUUAUUGGAACGGACCGGCACUCAUGCGGAAAAUGUUCUCCAUUCUAAAGUUUAAUAAAAAGUAAAAGUGA